CAGUGCUCACUGCUCAGUAGGGAUACGUGCCGCUGACUGUGUGAACAGUUAGGUCCGGAGCAAAGUGGUGUUUGCGGACUUUGUUCAGGGAUGUGAAGACAUGGCAGAUUCCACAUCUCUUUCCCACACUGAGGCGUAUCAGGAUAGCAGGAUGCAGACGCAGCGGGACUGGCCCCAAAUGUCAACCAAAGCCAGGAAGACUCUAGUAGAACUCAAGCAACGGUACAAUGUGUUCAGUGCCUUCUAUACUGGUGCUGCCUUCCUAAUCACUGUUGCUUCUCUUCCAGCCUUGUUACUGCUCUAUGUGGCUGUCUCAAUCUCCAGACUUUUCUGGCUGCGACUGCUCGAACAAUUCCACCCUGAACUCGAGUUUGUCCGAUCAACUUCCGUGCGGACAACUGUGGACACUGUCCGCAACCAGGGGAUCAUCACUGUUGUACUUCAGGUCAAGGGGCAAUGUGACAUACACCUGUUUCGUACAAGACUCCAGACAGAUAUGUUGGAUCGGAGGAAGAAUGGUAAACUUGCCUUUCCUCAUCUGCGAACCAAACUGACUAGUCUCUGGGGUUGGUAUGCCUGGAUGCGGAGUUCAGAUACGCACUUCAACAUCAAUAACCAUGUCACCAUCACCCAGCCUGUUUACACCAGUGGUUUCAGAGAGGACAUCAAUUGUCAGAAAUUCAUAAGUGAGAUGGUGUCUAAGUACAUAUGUCCGGACCACCCGCCGUGGCACAUACUUGUCAUACCAUCCACGGACAAGUUCUAUUUGCUGAUCCGUCUCCACCACCUGUACCUGACUGAGGAGAAACUUGGACUGGGAGAUUUGUUGCUUCUGGAGCCUUACAUGCCCGUCUGGUCAGAGGAAGCAGAGGAGUACAUGGAACAGGAGCAGUUAUUGGCUGGUACAUUCAAGACUCCAGUUGCCAUACCUCAAGUAUACCAGCACAUAUGCGAGUCCCUAUCAAACUCCUGGAAUGAGCUGGUAUCUAUUUACGAUCCACUUGAAAAUCCCAAGGUCACUUGUAAUCGUCCUUCUCUCAAGAGCUUCGCUGUGCUGGUCGCCAUUGUAGUCGUCUCCACUGUCAGGAUCUACUUCCGCAGUGAGAACGGGAACCUUAACUCGAUAUUGCGGCGGGAAAUGGAACGACGAAGGUUGACAACACGGCUGUUCUGGCGCAGUCUUCUGCUGACGUUCCACCCAGUUGUGGUGGCGCACGCAAUGCUCCGAUGGGCGUGGUGGCUUGUUGUGACUUGCUCACUCCAGCUGUUCCGUAUGGUCCUCAGUGUGCCAGUUUACCUUUACUGGCUGGUGCUAGGCUAUCACGUGCUGCGAGAGCUGUGGUACCUUGCCAAGGUCACUUUUGUUGGCCCUAAGGUGAUACUUCAGGAACUUCUUAAACCUGGGGACUCCCACCACCUUCAGACUGUCUCCCUGUGUGGUCGCAAGGCUGUCAGUUGGUCCGACCCUGUGCCACUAGAGUAUAUCCACCGUGUGCAUCUUGCCACGGGAGCAUCCACUUGCGAGAUUCUCUUGGCCGCCGUUUCUGCCAGCCUGCGUGACUAUUUCAGAUAUCUUGGUUUUAAGGUACCUCAAUCUGUGAUGACAACGGCACGUUUCGUCCCGCAAGAGAAGCUUCUGGCACAAUCGGCAGGUUCGGUCUCACGUGACAGUGGAUUGUUAUGUCUCGACCUGCCGUUGUGGGUGCCAGAUGAGCCAUUAGAAAACUUAGGCAUUGUCCAGUCGGCCUUACACCGUGCCAGGAACCACCAAGCCCCUCUCUACCUGGCAUCACUCUUCGGACUGGACCACUCAGUCAUACCAAGAAUAUUACCGUCCGUCCUGGCACGUAUCGUACUCAACAUGCUCUCACGACGAUAUGCGGUCACCAUUACACAGGUGGAUGGAUCGUACCAAGAGAAGAAACGGAGAAGGUUACUAUGGGGCCAGGAGGUGGAGAGUAUCAUGUACUGGCGCCCUCCCCAGGCCAACAUCAGCCUCUCCCUGACUCUGAUGACGUACGGUGACUUGGUACGACUAGGAGUCAUGUCAGAUACUCAGAUCUCACCACAGCACUCUGUCAUUAGCUACAACUUCGACAAACACAUCGCACAGUUGGCAACACUAGCAGGAGUCCAUCGCAGACCUUCACGCACUUCUGCCCCAGCAUCCUCUUCAUCCUCGGACUAGACACUAUUUUAAAUAUUAUUUGUUUCAAUCUCUUUAUGUGAUAAAAUGUCUUUUAAAUUAUUAAUAUACAUUACUUUGGUUUGUUUUUUAUACUAAUUUUUAUUUAAGAUUUAUCUUGUGGUAAAGAUAAUAUAGGAUUGUUAUGAGAGAUGUUAAAAUCUAUAACAGUUAUUUACAACAUUAUAUAUAAAAUGUUUAUAUGAAUAUUGAAAUGUUUAAAACAGUUUAUCUUCAAAUCCAAGUGUAUUAAUAAAACUAGGAUCUACAUUUUUAAUACACAUAUUUUUAAAACUUCUAGAAUCGAAAUUGAAUAGGUCAUUUUAUCCCCUCCCUCAAUGGCUGUGGAGUGGUCUAAAUCUCUGUGCCAGUUUCUUUAUUCUACCUCUCUUGCCAUGGUUCCAAAAAAGAAAGUUAUAAAGCCAUUAAAAACCUUGUAACUCCCCAUAGUCACAAAUUGAACUGAAAAAUCCUUAUUGUUACAGGCAACCUUAGGAUCACACGGCUAUCUUACACUUAACUUACAUUUAUUAAAAAUAAAUAAAGUAGGAAAUAAACUUAACAAGCGCUGCAAUUUUUUAACAUAACAUUAAUAAAACAAGUGCUUGCCGGCAAGAUAUAGACUUGUCACCAUCAAAAACAAGCUUCUGAAGCUGAUGGUAGACUUAUUUUCUCUAAAAAAGUGUACUAUAUGUUUUUGUAAAUUACAGAAAUAAAUCUUAUUUGAUCUUUCAGUCAAUAACUGACCUCUAGAGGUAAAACCGAUCCCAAACAUUCUCUCCAUAUGGAUAAUACUGAUUAGAUCAGAUAAAGACAAUUAUAUUUAAGAAUUACAGGCACUGUUUGAUUUAGUGGUAAACAAUUUAAUAAUUUUGAAAUUCCAAAUAACUAAUGAAUUUCUUCUUUUUCAGAAAAAUAACACGAUUCAAUCUGCAUUUUACCAAGUAAAGUUAGACUACUUUGUCCCUUCUUAUAAUUGACUUCAACAUGAUCAGUGUACAUUGAUAUUAAUUCAGAUUUAAUAGAUUAAAAAUUUUGAAACAGUUUUUUUCUCUGCAAGUACCCAUAUACAAUAAAAUAUAUUUAAUUCUCAGAAUCAAAGUAAUUUAAAGUAAGAAACAGUAUAAUAAGAAACAUGCAAAAAUAACAAAUAUUUACAUGAUAAUUAAAAUUGUGAAAAUUUGAAAGAAAUAACUAGAAUCAUAUCAUUGAAAGUAUGUGUUAUAUGAUUUUGUGUAUCAAAUCUAACAAUAUUCUUUAAAAAUCAUGUUUUAAAAUAAAUACAAACCAAUGAAGUGCCAAAGUCCAGAACUGAAGGACAUGAGAGUAUUAGAUUUAGUUGUCAGUACAUAUAAAUGUAAAUUUGAUUUUUAUUUGGCUAAAUAUAACGGUGCAAUCAUCUAAAAUGCCAAUAUAGCUAUGAAGGACAAAAAUCUUAAAUAGUGGUAAUGAAUGCCUGAAAUUUAAAGUUACAUAAUGUCACAAAUUUCAGUUUUGCUAUAUACAGCAGUACGAUACAAACCCAGGCACAUAGAGUAGGAAAUAACUACACUUCCACAAAUUUGACUUUCACUCAUUUAAACAUAAACAUUUUGUUAACAUAUUAGCUAUAUGAGAUGGAGUUUUAAGACAAAAGGUUUUUCAGUUAGAUACCCAUUGAGCACUCUAUUUUCUUUAUCUUCGUUUUGAAUAUACCUGUAUUUCAGGUAUGAGGUAUGAUCUUAAUGGGGAGAGAGUGACAAAUAAUAGAAAUUUGAUAUGACUUGUCUUAAAACACGUAUGUAAAUAAUAACAAUAUAUUGGUACAGACCAAUGUAGGACAAAGAAUUAAAUAUUUUUAAGUUCAAGACGCUUGAAACAGUUUUUAAGGAAAAGGUGCAGUUUGAUAAAUAAAUGAAAUAUUGAAGACUCUUGGAGCAAUUGGAAAAGCUUAUUAAUCUAAAAAAAAAAGCUAAAAGGUUAUUGAUGAAUACUACUAAAUGUAAAUAAUACAAUACUUUACCAAAUUAUUUAUUUUUUGGACAAGGCCUUUAUAGAAAUAUUUUCUAUAAAGCUAUAAUUAGCUGACCUUUAACAAAAACUAUCACUUGAGAUGGUAUACAAAUUUCAUUUCUGUCUGUCUGUCCACAUGAUACCUUGAUAACAAAAUAACUUUCUUUUCAAUAUUGUGACAAGGGACGAGUCAUGGCUGCACCAUUAUGAUCCAGAAGAGUAAAGACAAAGCACUGAAUAUCGAAAUUUGAGUUCUCCUACGACGAAAAAGUUCAAAACACUUGCAUCCGCAAAAAAAAAAAACUCCUUUUGACUGUGUUUUGGGAUGCUCAUUGAGUUUAUAUGACCGAUUAUCUAGAACAAGGUGCGAAGGUAAAUUCAUCUCAAUACAUAGAGACUCUAAAACACCUACAACGUCGAGUUUGAUGUGUUAGAGGCAGCCCCAAGCCAAUAAUCUUACACUUCAUGCACAACUGAAGAAGCAAUGAGAAAGCUGAAGUUUGAACCAAUUCCACACCCUCCCUAUUCUCCCGAUCUAGCCCCCUGUGAUUUUUAUUUUUCCCUCUACUCAAGAAAGAUCUCAAGGGUACUUAUUACACUUCAGACGAUGCAGUGAAAGCAGCUAUUGCGUCCUGGAUUCAAGAAAAAUCUGAAGAAUUUUUCAGUGAUGGAAAUAAAAAACUUUGAGAGUUACACGUUGGGAGAAAUGUGUUAAUGGUGACUAUGUUGAAAAAUAAAUGAAUGACUGUGAAGCUUAA